AUGCAUGAUCAUCAGCGGCUCUCAUCAGACGUUUCAGAGACUGAAAAACCUCAAAAUCAUAAAGAAUUGACACCAAGGGAAGUGGAAAUCAAAAAAUUGGAGGAGAGCAGUGAUGGAUACAUUAAAGAAUGGAAAGAGCUCAAGAAGGAAGUGGGAAAAAUGACUGUUGAUUUUUGGGCAUUUCAGUCCGGAAAACUACGUGAAGAUUCGAAACCAACUGAAGAAGAGAGUCUGCAAUUGGAAAAUCUCAGGAAUACAUUGAAUACGCAAUGGAAAGAGAAGAGAGAUUUGAUUGGAGAAAAUAAGGUUUACGUUUGUUAUGCUAAACUUGGCUUGCUAUUCGUGUUAACAUUCCUCUGUACUUUCACUAUGGUCCUUAAACAAAUUCUAGCUGUGAAUUGCACUUGGUAUCCAUUAGUUAUUAUCAUGGAGAUACUUGUUUCCUUGGUUGUUUUGUAUCGGCUUCUGAAACUCCGUCGACAAAUCAUAGCUGCAAACCAAUCGGAUGUAGAGGAAGGUACCGUUAAACAUAUUAGCUUUGGAAAUAUGGAGUUGUCAUACACCGAAAAGUUAGAAAAAUGCGUGGAUUUCUAUUCAAAGGAAGUAAUGCCACUGAAGGAAAAAGCCAGAGCACUGUUCAAUCAUGUGUCUCUUUGGGUAUAG